AUCGCAUUAGGUUUAGAGUAUGGCAGAAAUCGAAGCCACCAUCGCCCGCGGCGAACAGACAGAGAUUGAUAAAGGGGAAUCGCAAACACCGUGGACAAAGUCACGAAAACGAAAACAAAAUGCUCAUUGUUGUUGCAGGUGUCAUGAUCCCAAAACCCGACGCCGUGCCAAAACUAGGAAACCUCCUUUACCAGAGGGAUUUGGUUAUGUUCCUUCGGCAGUAUGUGUGGAUAAGAAUGGUAACUACAUUCCAAGAUUUUCUGAUCGUGUUGCUUACAUGUCUUGUCACCGUUGUGGUAUGAAGGGUGACCACUGGGAUCCAUUUUGCCCCAACUCGAUCAAUGAUCCGCCAGACUCAGGAGAAGCUGCUCCUACCCGUAACCCGUCAUGGAAUUAUAUAUUGAGGAAUUUCAACCUGAAAGAAUAUCUUGACAAAAAGAAUAAGACUGAUGGGAAACCAGAACCACCACGGAGGAAGGCGGUGAAAUCAAAAGUGUCCAAUCCAUAGCCGAAACAAAACCCGUGCCAGAACUGACAAGCCUUGUAAUUAAAUAGGGAAUUUAAAGAUGAAGUAGUCCGCUAUGUAAGUUGCUUGUUAUUAGACUUCCCCCGUUACUACUCUUUUUGUAGCUCUGCAACCGCAGUUUCUCCUA